ACAGAUUCCAAAAGAAGGUUCCUCUUCUCUCGUCCGAAGUCAAGUGAAGUCGAAAGUGAACACAACAUGACCACCACAACGCAUGCCAACACUUGGUGGUGCUGGAGCUCGAAAUGAGAGUGAAAAGGUGGAAAACCACCAAGCCGUGUCCGUUUUAGUGUGGUGAAGAUUUGAUCAUCGCCUAAAGGCAGCAAGAAAAAAAACAAAAACGAUCAGUGGUCAGUGAAACUGCCUGUCAAAAUCGAAGAUUUAUUGUCGUUUAGGAGGAAAAUUCGGCGCAGUGCUUUGGCGGUUUGAGACUAAUUACCGAAUGGUACAGCUCAUAUGAGGAAUAAGUGCUUUUCUCCAAUAUCCGUCCCACGCAAAGAAUGCACCCAUAAACCUACGAGUGGCCACAGGAAAAUGAACUACCACCAAUUGACGAUAAGAUAAAACCUUGCCGGACUCUUUUGUUGUGCAUUUAUAAUGAGAUAUGAAAACAUUGAAAGUGAAAGUACCGAACCGGCAGAAAAUGAAAACAGAUUCACCGAACGAUAAAUUUGGAUAGUAUUGAAUGCACAUUACCGUUCCGUCUACGACGAGAUCCGAAUCAAGAUGGAGAAAAUCAUAAAACUGUUACCAAAAUGUGGCAGACGAUCGAACGUGAAGCCCUCGAAGCUUCUGUUGACGAUCGGGUUGCUCGCUGCCAUCGCCGGAAGCUGGCACGGUGCCUCAGGUCAACGGGACACAAUUUGUCCUCCGCAAGAUAUCAUUCUGCCCUGUCGAUGUUCCCAACGGGGUAGCGAAAUUCAAAUAUGGUGCUCGCACAGCGAUUUGCCACGUGUACUGACCGGUUUGAAAGCCGUUUCCAAAUCCAUCAAUAGACCCAUUGAUGAAUUGAUACUGGAGAACAAUUUCCUCCCUUCUCUACCCGGACGAACCUUCGCUCCGUUGAACAUCCUUCGGUUGAUGCUGCGACACAAUGGUCUGGAACGAGUUUCCAACGGGUGGUUGAACGAUCUGGACAAGAGCUUGGUCGAGGUGUUCAUCGUUGAACGAAAUCUACGUAGUCUUCCGGUGGACAGCCUGGCAGGUUUGCGCAAACUGGAAGCCGUAACGAUUCAGAGUGAUAGUUUGAAGCGAUUGCCGGACUUUUCCAGUCUACCGAAGCUGAGGUACAUCUCGGUGCAGAGCUCAUCCCUGAUCGAGAUGUCUCCACAGAGUUUCCGAGAUUUGAAGAAUCUGGAAACUGUUAGCAUUGCCGGUAGUCGCACGUUGACGCGGUUGGAAGGUGGAUUAUUCAACGAUCUGCCCAAGUUGAGUUUGAUCAACUUGUCUGAAAACGGGAUCGAUUGGGUCCAUCUGAGGGCAUUCGCUGGACUACCAAGUCUAAAGACGCUGCAGCUUAGCGGAAAUAAGCUUGCCGAUGCUGGAAUGAUCGGACGGGCAGUGAAGGACAUUCCUAAUUUGACAGUGCUGAAGCUGGACCGGAACGUGAUCUCCAAACUAAACGAAGCUAGUUUCGUUGAUCUUCCGGCAUUGAAGGAAUUGUACCUGAAUGACAAUACAAUUACGGAGAUAUUUCACGGUGCGUUUCAUAGGACGCCCAGCUUGAAGUUGGUUCACUUGGAGAACAACUAUUUGAGACGAGUUCAUCCGGAGUCGUUCCUGCAGGCUUCCGGAAGCGGAGUGGAAGUUAUCCAUCUACAGCAGAAUGAAGUUGCUCGCGUUGAAGAACUUCGCUCACUGCUGGAUGCCCUGCCGAUGCUUCGGUUCUUGGAUCUGAGUUACAACAAACUGGAAGCGAUCCCAUUCGGAGCUCUACGAGGUCAUGGUACUUUGGAACAAUUGUACCUGAACAACAACAAGAUUAGGAUGAUCGAGCGGGAUGCUUUCAUGGCUAUGCCAGGACUUCGCGAGCUCCGUCUGAGUAACAAUUCCCUUUCGGAUGUGCUUCCGAUGCCCUUCUGGAAUCUUCCCGGGCUCAAGGGCAUUGACAUCUCGUACAACAACUUUCACCGCGUAGAACCAACCCUCCUGAUUGGAGUGCCAUCCCUGCGAAGAUUCGACAUCAGCGGAAACUCGCUGAGUGUUCUCGAUCCAGCUGCCUUUGUAAACAGCCCGAUGCUUGAAACAGUGAACAUUUCGUUUAACGAAUUGAGUUUGAUCCACCCAGCAACUUUCCGUGAUCUGAACCACCUCUUCGAGGUGGACGCUGGCAAUAACAAGCUUCAGGAGUUCAUUCCGGGACUACCGCUAGCCGUCGAAAGGGUAAACCUUCAGCGGAAUCAAAUCGCAACACUACCACAACCACCUUCCAACAUCCUGGAUCUGCCAGCUUUGAGAAUGCUGGAUAUAAGCGCCAACCACUUGACUCGACUUGCCAAAGGUACGUUCCAGUCGACCCCUCAGCUGCGAAUCCUCGGCUUGGCCAGAAAUCAGCUUCAAAGUAUAGACGAAGGCAGCCUAACUGGGAUGAAUCGCCUGGAGCUACUCAACUUGCAGGACAAUCGGCUACUGGCUCUUCACGAGCGGUCGCUGAGUUCACUGGAGAACCUACGGGAGCUGAACCUGCAGGGCAAUCGGAUCGAGGUGCUUGUCGAUCACCUUUUGGAUAGCAACGGAAACUUGGAGCGGUUCGAUGCUUCGCGAAACAGUAUAGUGGAUAUUUCGGCAAAGGCUUUCCGGAAUAGUCGAUCGCUGCAGGUACUUGAUCUGUCUGCCAACAAGUUGAGAGAAUUACCGGAAUCGUUGACUGGAUUAAGUGAGCUGCGGGAGAUUGACGUUAGUUUCAACGAACUGACGGAUCUGACGCCGAAUGUCCUUGGCUCGUGGAGAAACCUGGAAGAGCUGAAGGCUUCCAACAAUCGGGUGAAUCAGCUUCAUCAAGGAUCCUUGAGAAACCUACCGCUGCUUCAGUACAUGGAUUUGUCAAGUAAUGAGUUGACGAAUCUGGAGCAUGGAUCGCUGCGUAAUUUGCCCGAACUACAGGAGAUAGUAUUGGCUGACAAUAAGCUCACCGAUUUGAAAGAUCGAGUGUUUGAAGAUCUACCGAAUCUACAGGCCGUUCACUUGCAGCAGAAUAAUCUGCAGUUCGUCGCAUCACAGACCUUCUACCGGUCACCGUCGAUCGUGUAUCUGAACCUCUCAUCGAACCAAUUUCGCAACUUGGAUAGCGUAGGAUUACGAAGUGUACGUAAUUUGGAGGUGCUGGAUCUGUCCGGGAAUUUCAUCCGAAAGAUCACGCCCAACCCGCUCCGUGGUCUAGAUUGGAUCGUCGAACUGAAGCUCGACAAUAAUAAAAUCUGCGGAAUUCAGGGCGAACCGUUCGCCACGAUGCCUAGACUGCGGGUGUUGAGCAUUCGCAACAACCAGCUGAUUCGGGUCCCGGAAUCGGUAUUCCGUAAUUUGCGAAGCAACAUUGCCAUUCUGGAUAUUGAUGGUAAUCCGCUGGAUUGCAACUGCGAUAUGCUGUGGUACCGUGGUUGGCUUCAGGAAACGGGAAAUCUCUACCCAGGUCCGCGAUGUCGGGACGGGAAAUUGCUCAUGGAUUUGCGUCUGUCUAGAAAUGAAUGUAACACUGGUGCAAGAGCUGGCACUGGUCCAGAUGAACGUAUUCCAUUGACCAACGAUCAUGGGGACGUCUUCACGCGUGGUCUAGAUUUCGAUGAUUGUGAAUCGGAGAGCUACGAAACGCUGCCUCCGGGACCGGCACCGGGAAUUGGUCCUGGCAGCAUCGCCAUCCCGCCAUCGCCGGUGGAAAGAGACCCUCAAGGCCCGCACAACUUCAGCCAGGGUUUCGUCAAUUUCAACAAUAACAAAUUCAACAACCUGUACAAUCAACCACCACCAACAGUGCAGAACAACUCGCCGUUUACGUUCUUUGGAGUGCCGAUCCCCAGUUUGAACAUUGGGAAGAUGUUCGGAGGAUCCGGGCGAAGUUCCAACAAUAGAGCAUCUGCGGGAACUAGGGGAAAAGGAAGGGUUCAGGUGUACCGUCCAAAUGACCCGGCGGGCCCGUCGAAUUACAAAAACGGCGAUCGACUGGAUUCGGCCAUCGCGGUGAAAACUUCCGACGAUAACCAAGAGAAGAAUCCAGGAGCUUCCAACGACAACAACCUUUUCUAUAGGCCUUACUUCCAGACGUCCUUCCAGAAACCUGACAUCCAAAAGGGUGGUUUCACUCCGGUAAUUCCUGGCAGUGAAGGUGGCUUUAAGCCAAUAACCGAUCCUACGAUCAAGAUCAUCAAGCAGAACAUCUCCGGCCCUGGAAAGUGGCCGGAAGAAUUCAGCGAUCGCGUUCCUCUGGUAUCCGAUACGACGCGCUAUCUGCAGAAGAAUAAAUUCGAAGCGACCAUCAAGCCGUCUCACCAUGCUCCCUACUUUGUCGAUGGAAUAACCCACGGGAAUCCACCACCCACGUCUCACCACGCUGCACCACCCAAGGAUUCAGAAAACACCAAAGAAAGCACAAAUCGUUCCGAGAUAACGGAGAAACCGAACCCUUCGAAGAACUCCGAAAUGGAAGAAGAUGACGAUGAGGACGGCGAAGAAGAAGAGGAUACGGAGGAGGAGAUUGACCAGGAACCAGCUACACCAUUCCGAGGAGCUUCCAAAUACGAAGAGUCCGAUCUUACCACGCGUCUCUCGAUCGAACUGGGAACCGCUACCACAGUUGGGCCCCUGAGUUUCAACAAACCUUACACUCUGCACAAGAACGAACCCACUAUGACCCGAGAGCUAACCCGUGCACCAACAAGCGAGCUCUACGACGGAGUCAACCACUCUCCAAGCUCCCUUUCGGCGCUGGUCUCACCAGGAUCAGCGGCUCAACAGAACACUGUACCCAGUGGCAGCGGUGGAGGAUCAAGUGCCACAAAGCGACCGCCCGGCAAGUCCACGAUCGUGAAGGUUGCCUCUCCUGUUUCCUCUACGGUGACCCCGUUUGUGGGAAGUUCUCCACGUGUGGACGAAUUCUCGGCCGGGACGCAUCGAAGCGUGUCCAAGUACGACAACGGAGGUGACUUUGUUACGCAGAAUAUCGUCGAUCUGGCACAGCACCAUCAUCACCCGAUCGAGGGCAAUGAGAUACGGAAGCGAGAGGACAUGGAUUGGUACUAUGCCACCUACAAUCGAACGCCGAUCUACGAUGACUUUGAUGGACCCGGGUUGAAUCCGUUCAAGAGCGGUUCUGGAAAGAGGCAAUGGUCCUCGGUGAUCUUGGCUGCUGUCGUCGGAAUCGUGAUGAGGUUUUUGAAUUAGAUUUAUUAUAAAUAGCUUUAUGAAUUGUAAGAUCCUAAGAUAGUACGUAGAUUUCAAUGCGCGAAAGAAAAGAUGUUACAAUCAGAGAAGUGAUAUAGUUUUAGAAAAGCCGUUCAUUUGUAAAAAGAUUUCAUUCUA